AUGGUUGAGAACCUCGUCAAGAACUGGGAGGUCGAGGCCUCUUUCAAACCUGAGCUCUCGGAUUGGCGAACCAUCGACCACGGCAAAUAUUCCUUUGCUAUCAAUGGAGGUCCUGGCCAAACAGGCGAACACAUGCUCAAGGUCGGAACAUACAACGCCAUCAUUGCGCCGAACGAAUACUACAGCCCUGUGUACUCGGACUUCGCAAGCAGCCACAAAACGUUCAAGCGUAUGAUGCCAACUUUCGCAUGGGAGGUCCUAGAAGUUUAUAGCGGUCCUCCCAAGGUCGCCUUCAAGUGGAGACAUUGGGGCACCAUGAAGAACGAUUAUGUCGGUUUCAAUGAGUAA